AUGAAACUUAUUGUUUCCAUCUCUCUUCUCCUUAUUAUUUUCAACCAAGCUCAAUCUUCUGAUUCCAAAGAUUUCGAAUUUGCUCGGGAAUAUUUCCUGGAUACAAUCAGAUUAGCAAAUGCUGGAGAAUUGGAUAAAGUUAGAGCAAGAUUUUUCGAUCAUUUUGUUGUCCAUCAUCCACGUGGAAAAUAUUCUUUGGAAAAGUUUAUCGAAUAUCUUCGAGGUGCAAAUGCUACUUUGAUUCCGGUGCCAACUCAUGUGGAUACAAAUGACCAUGAAUAUGUGACAGACCCAAAUGUUGUUGUUUUGUCAUUCAGUAUGCCGGAUUUGGGAGAAGAAUAUGAUUUCGAAUUGGAAGGUGUCAUUGAUCGCGAGAAAAAUGAGAUGAAGUUCAGCUCAGCAACUGUUUACCUGUAA